AAAAAAAAGAAAAAAAGAAAAAAGAAACAGGCGUUGAUUGUUAAAGCUCAGGCAUCCUAUUACUGAAACACACCAAAACUGGUUCAAGAAUCCGGUAAGUCGGUGACGCGUCUCCAACAGCAUCGACUUCGCUCUUAUUUUCUCUCCCACUUUUUCCUGAGAAAAUUUUUGGGUAGAGAGAGCGAGAGAGAUGGCGCUUGCGGCGCCUGGGCAGAUAAAUGUCGAAGAGCUAUCGUCGUGGGGGUCUCGAAGCGUCGACUGCUUUGAGAAAUUGGAACAAAUUGGCGAAGGCACUUACGGUCAAGUGUUCAUGGCCAGAGAAACUAGGACUGGAGAAAUUGUUGCUUUGAAGAAGAUACGAAUGGACAAUGAGAAAGAAGGGUUCCCUAUUACGGCCAUUCGUGAAAUUAAGAUUCUCAAGAAGCUUGAUCAUGACAACGUUAUUAAGCUGAAAGAGAUUGUGACUUCUACUGGUAAUGAGAAGGAUGAGCAAAGCAAUCAAGAAAGCAUUAAGUUCAAGGGUGGUAUCUAUAUGGUAUUUGAGUACAUGGACCAUGACUUGACAGGCCUCGCUGACCGUCCUGGACUCAGAUUUACAGUUCCGCAGAUAAAGUGUUAUAUGAAGCAGCUACUGACUGGGCUCCACUACUGUCAUAUAAAUCAAGUACUUCAUCGUGACAUCAAAGGUUCUAAUCUUUUGAUAGAUAAUGAGGGAAAAUUGAAGCUAGCAGACUUUGGCCUUGCAAGAUCAUUUGCCAAUGACCAUGGUGCAAAUCUUACUAAUCGUGUUAUCACUUUGUGGUAUAGGCCCCCAGAAUUGCUUCUUGGAGCCACAAAGUAUGGUCCAGCUGUAGAUAUGUGGUCUGUUGGUUGUAUAUUUGCUGAGCUUUUGCAUGGAAAGCCAAUUUUGCCUGGGAAAAAUGAGCCUGAGCAACUGAACAAGAUAUUUGAGCUUUGUGGAUCUCCUGAUGAGAUAAACUGGCCUGAUGCUUCUAAGACUCCUUGGUAUAACAAUUUCAAGCCAUCAAGGCCCAUGAAGAGACGUGUCAGGGAAAUGUUUAGUCUCUUCGACCGCUAUGCUCUUGAUUUGCUGGAUCACUUAUUAACUCUUGAUCCAAAUCAGAGAUGGACUGCUAAGCAAGCACUGGAUGCUGAUUAUUUCUGGAAUGACCCUUUACCUUGCGACCCUAAGAGCCUUCCAAAGUAUGAAUCGUCGCAUGAGUUCCAAACAAAGAAAAAAAGGCAGCAGCAGCGGCAAAAUGAAGAAAUGGCAAAGAGAGAGAAACUGCAGCAUCCUCAGCAGCAUGCCCGUCUACCUCCUAUUCAACAUGGCGGCCAAGCUCCAUCUCAUUGGCAUGGACCCAACCAUCCCAUGAACAAUGCACAACCCCCGGUGUCGAGCGGACCAAGUCACCACCACUAUGUAAAGCCCCGAGGUCCACCCACAGGACCAAACAGGUAUCCUGCAAGUGGAAAUCAAGGUGGGGCUUACAACCCAAAUCGCGGCGGUUACAGCAGCGCUCCAUACCCGCCGCAAGGACGUGGCCCUCCAUAUGGGGGAAGUGGCAUGCCUGUUCCUGGCCCAAGAGGAGGCCAUAGUGGUUAUAGUGUUGGUCCUCCUUACUCUCAGAAUACACAGUAUGGAGGCUCUACCGCUGGCAGAGGCCACAGCCGAAAUCAGCAGUAUGGUUGGCAGCAGUGAAAGCGAGGAAAAAAGGAAAAUCUUUGGAAUUAGGAAGAUAGAUUGAUCUAACAAAGAACAAUGUGACUUUGAUCACUUCUGAUGGUGAAUUCAGGUUUUGCAUGGCCAGUAUUAAUUUUCAUCUAGGCUUGUGAAGUCCUGCCUAUGUCUGUAUAGGUCUUAGUUUAAGUGUCUUUGUAUAUUCUUUUUGGGAGAUUGUCUGUUUCCAUUGGAGAAACUGAUAUUCGUCCUGGCUCAUUUGCUUUCCUGAUUGAUUUUUUUUUUCACUGACCAAACUUUUUUCUUACCGA